GUUUCUUGCAAUAUGGAGCAAUCUUCGAAUUCGAUCGAGCCAAAAGACAAGGAUACCUUCGACCAAGAUACGUCGGAAGAUGCUCUGCUUGAGGCAUUGGGCUAUCACGCCGAGUUCAAACGAUCAUUUGGGCUUCUUGGGAUGAUUGGAUUUUCUUUCAGCAUCGUAACUUGCUGGACGGCGCUGUCCGGCGUACUUAUUAUUGGUGUUGAGUCUGGUGGACCUCCUGUGAUGAUAUGGAGUUGGCUAGGUAUCUGCGCAGUUACACUUGCUGUUGCAUAUUCCCUUGCCGAAAUGUGCAGCGCGUAUCCAGUGGCGGGAGGCCAGUACAGUUGGGUCGCCGUGUUGGCACCAAAGCGCAUCGCACGCGGCAUGAGUUACAUUAGCGGCUGGUUCAUGUUAAUUGGGAUUCUCGCGAUGGGCGCGACGAAUAACUUUAUCGGGGCCAACUUCAUCCUUGGUAUGGCCAAUCUUGCCAAUCCUGAUUAUGUUAUUGAACGUUGGCACACGGUACUUGUCACCUAUCUAAUUGCUUUCCUUGCAAUGACCUCAAAUAUAUUCCUCACAAAGUUCCUGGAUCGUCUCUCGCGAUUCAUCCUAGUCUGGAACAUAGUAUCUUUCUUCGUUGUCAUCAUUACAAUUCUUGCCUGUAAUGACAACAAGCAAUCUGCAUCAUUUGUGUUCAGCGACUUUCAAAACUUCACUGGCUUUAGUUCAUCAUACACAGCCAUUCUCGGAAUCGUUCAAAGCGCAUUUGGCAUGUGCUGUUACGAUGCUCCGAGCCAUAUGGUCGAAGAAAUGAAACAGGCGCGAAAAUCCGCUCCACGCGCAAUCGUGAUGUCAGUUUACCUUGGUGCGAUCACAGGAUUUUGCUUCUUGGUCGCUGUAUGCUUCUGCAUUGGAGAUCUGGAAUCGACCGCUACAUCUUCUACUGGUGUUCCUUUGAUUCAAAUAUUCUACGAUUCAACAGGAUCAGUAAGGGGAGCAUGCGCGUUAACGAGCCUGAUAACUGUCAUAGUUCUGGUAUGCGCCAACAGCUUGAUGGCUGAAGGUGGCCGCGCCGUUUUUGCAUUUGCCCGUGACCAUGGCCUUCCAUUCUCCAACAUCUGGAGCACGGUUGAGAGGAAGAAAAAAGUUCCUGUCUUUGCUCUUAUGCUCACAACCACGGUGCAAAUUGCUUUUAAUAGCAUCUACUUCGGGAAUUUGACUGGGUUCAAUACAGUUAUCACUGUCGCUACCUUCGGGUUUUAUAUAUCAUACGCGAUGCCAUUGCUCGCCAGGUUGCUCUCACGCGUCACUAACCCGAGCGAUCCAUCUCAUUCAGCUGGACUAGGUGGACCAUAUAGUCUUGGUCGCUGGGGAAUUCCACUUAAUCUCCUUGGCUUUGUCUUUUUAGUUUUCAACGGAACGAUUUUCAAUUUUCCAACAAUUAAACCAGUAAAUAGCGACACAAUGAACUAUACGCCCGCAGCAAUUGGUGUUAUCAUGCUUAUUAGCAUCAUAACCUGGGUUACCACAGGCCACAGAUAUUUCACAGGACCAGAAGCAGGGAAUGUGAUAAGACUUGUACAAGGCGUCGAAGGGGAAAAUGCAAAUGCAUCAGCUGUGGAAGGAGAGAAAAAUAAGGAACAUGGCUCCUAA